UACGAAAAGGUAGCAAAUUAAGAGGAAAAGAACAACGGAAGAAAAGAGACAGGAGAAUAGGACAUGAAGAAAGAAAAUGCAAGCAAAGACAGACGAAAAAUAACAAAGACGAAAGGAAGAUAUAUAGCAAAGAAGACAAAAAAAAAGAAAAAGAGAAAGACGAACAAAAACACAAAAAAGGGAAAAAACAAAGAACUGAAAGAGACAAGAGGAAAAAAAGAAAGAAAGAAUGGACUACAAAUAUUAUAGAAAAAGGAAGAGUAUGGCCAAGGCCAUAUCAAGGAGUCACAAUCAGCCAAUGGAAAAAAGCAAAAGAGACAGAGACAGCACGAUAUGGAAGUAGCAGAGAGAAAAGAAAACAAAAUGCGAAAGACAAAAGAAAAAAAAAAGAAGAAAAUAAGAACGACCAAAAAUCACAAGAAAAAAGAGAGAUAGGCUAA